UGCUUUUGCCAGUACCAUUGUUUCUCAUGCCAAGUGCCGAUGCAGUGUUACUCACUGCUGCCAGUGUUGGUGUUAAACCAUCAGGACGAAGCUGUGCAUGCUCUGGGCUCUGCUGCUCCUGACCAGCCUGGUUCCCACUGAGACCUGUGAACGUCUUCCCAAUGCAGAGCAGAAUGUGGCACUGUACGGCCGCCCAACCCAGUCCUCGGUGCUAGAGCUGGGGCAGGCCAUUAAUGCAGUGGACGGAAACACAGAGUCAGACUUCAACAGGGGCUCUUGCAGCAGCACGCGCCUGCAGAACUCUCCCUGGUGGAGAGUGGACCUGCUCGCUGAGCACAACAUCUCCCCUCUCCGCAUCACAAACCGGGACGAUGACUGCUGCCGCGGCUGGCUAGCGGGAGCGCAGGUCCUGGUGGGAAACCACCAAGACCAUAACUGGAACCAAUGGUGUGGAGAGAUCUCAUCAGGGGGCCAGGUCGCUCGGGAGUUCUGCUGUCUGGGGAUGAUGGGCCGCUAUGUUUCCGUGACGCAUCACAACGUGAACAGGAUUCUGAGCCUGUGCGAGGUGGAGGUGUUUAGGGUGCCAGUCAGAGAUGAGAACUGCCCCUAGCAGUGAACCUCUCCCUCACGCUGGUCUUGAGCACCGAGAGAAGAUGUGUGCAUCAGUAGUGAAGGAAACUGGCAGCAUUUUCUAAAAGGUGUUGUAGUCUGUUGCAUUGCACUGUUUUAGCACAAUCACAUGUGCUGAGUUUUUAUGUUGUAAUAACAUCAAAUCAAAGGAUUAAAGAGGUUGGACACUGGCAUUACCCUGCCUCUGGAAAGUCUGUUAUUUAACCUCUCAUAUUCUGCUGGGUUCCGAACUGUGGCAGAGAAAGAGAGCCCAGGGUGUGUGAACCAACAAGGAAAAUAUCGAUUGGGAAGUUUAGUUGGCAUGUGAGCUGCAAAGAAACAGGCAGAGGUUGAUCUCUUCUAGUUUUUAGCUUUUUAAAGAAAAAGUCAGAAAUGCAGCUGAAAAUACCUUUUUGUAUGACAUUUUUGCUACUCACUUGUGUGUAGUGGAAAUUUUACGAGCAAUGUAUUUAAAAUAAAAUGAUGGAAUCUUUAUUUUUUUUCUGUAGUGGCACAGAUGGUCACCUGGUGCACUGAGAAUA